UUUUUCGUUCAGGUAUGAGAGAAGUCACAGAGAACUGUGUAGUUUUACGUGAUAUUUCCGUGUCUGUGUUUAAGUUGGUUCUAAAGGCGAUAUACAGUGGUGAAGAUAUUUUAACACUGGACAAUUUCAUUGAAGUUUGGCGAGCUGUUCAUCAGUUACAGAUAAAGUUUAUGAUAACAAUUUGUGAGACAUUUGCCACAAAAUCGAUAUCAGCAACUACCUGGGAGAAAAUUUACAAAACAGCAAAACUUUUAAAUUCCGAAACUGUAAUGGGUGAUUUAUACAAUUUUAUGCUGAUAAACUUUGACAAUGUUUCUUUAACUUCAACAUUUUUAAUCCUCUCUUUUGAAGAAGUUUUGGAUUUGAUAAAAAGCCAGGAUCUUGUAGCCAGUAGAGAAGAUUUAGUACUGGAAGCUGUGAUCAAAUGGGUUCAGUAUAUCACGCCUUCAAGUGAAAAUGAAGAAACACGAGAAACCGAUGACAUUGUUGAGAAUAAAAGUGACAAAUCGAACACGGAUAUUGAAAAAGAUGUUGAUAUUAAAUCUGAAGAUCAAUUGAUUAGUAUAUUAUAUAGAAAAUCUAAACUGGCUGAGCUUUUAACAGCUGUUCGAACGUGUUUAGUAAGUCCAACUUUAUUACGACAUAUAUUCAAACUUGAAUUAAUUUCUGAAGACAAGGAUGCAAGAGAAAUCAUUUUCAACGCUUUAUCAUACCAUGUCCAAGAUUUUAGAGAUGGUCAAUGGUCAUCUGCAGCUAUACACAGGUCUUGUUAUGGGUACAUACAGUUUGGAGUAUGGGCUAACAGUGAUGGCACAAUUCGUGUUAUUGGUGCAGGCAAUGAAAAACGGUAUACUCCAUCAAAAAGUAAUUAUUUACAGCGGGAAGUUAAAUUAGUCGUUUUUGACAAUGAUCUAUACGCUACUGGAAUACAAGCUGUUAACAAUCAAAAUGUCAUGUGCCGUUUGCUUGUUUUUUCUGAGGAUACUUGGGUGGAAGUCAUGCAAAUGCCAGGCAGAGAUUUACUUUUGGUUUCGCAUGGGCAAUGUAUUUACAUUUUAAACAGAAGUGAUAAUGUUAUGUAUAACAUCAAGCCCAAACAGAGGACACCUAAAUUAAUAAAGUUUUCCGAUGCACCUGCGAAAGUUAAUGUCAAGCAUGCUAUGAGUUUAGCCAAUUAUAUUUUAAUAUUCUGCUCCGUUACACAAAACGGUGUAGAUGAGACGGCAGUUUACACGUUGGACGUUCAUACCAAAGUUUGGACCAGAUUAGAUAAUCUGGAGGGUCCAGCAGAACAGCUGAUUAGUUUCAGAAAUGACCGCAACAAUUACAUUUUACAGACCAAUGGCAGUUUGUGGAUGAUAGAAUAUAAACAUUCUUUAAAAACAGUGAAUUUUAAGUAUAUUGUUAAGUUAUGGAACUUUGAUAAGAAGUUGUACGGAGCAUUAACCUACAGAGAUAAGCUGCUAAUUUUUGGUAAUAAUCCUACUAAGGAUCCAAAAAAUGAAAAAAUAUUGUAUAAUGUUUCUGAUCAUUUUUUAACUGUUAGACAUUGGGGAUCUGAUGAUAACUGUUCUAAUUUUAUUCCUGUGACUCUACCUAAUCGAUCUCUGCUGCCAGACACAUAAACAUUUUUUUAAAAUCAUUUAAUUUUUUUUUAAAUUUUAACUGUAAUAACAUUGGUAAUCAAAUGUUUUGUGUUUUCAUCCCAAUAAUAA